UUGCCAUGUUGAGUUGGGUAUAUGGUCCCAUAAAAAUCUAACCAUGUCUGCAGACUCUGUGAAGCUGCUUGGGUGUUGGGCAAGUCCUGCUGCUCUCAGAGUCAAGUGGACUCUAAAACUGAAAGAAAUUGAGUACCAGUAUGUUGAAGAAGACCUCCAAAACAAAAGUCCCCUGCUCUUGCACUACAACCCUGUGCACAAAAAAAUACCAGUUCUUGUGCAUGAUGGUAAGCCGGUGGCGGAGUCGCUGAUUAUACUCGAAUACAUUGAAGAAACAUGGAUGCAAAAUCCAAUCCUGCCAGAAGAUCCCUACGAACGAGCUCAGGCACGCUUCUGGGCAAAAUUUGUUGAAGAAAAGUGUGGGCCAUCAAUUAUGAGUGCAUUCACCAAGAAAGGGGAGGAGAAAGAGAAGGGUGCAAAAGAAGCAAGAGAGAAUCUUAAGAUCCUGGAAAGUGGACUUGGGGGAAAGCAGUUUUUCGGAGGUGAAAGCAUAGGCUUUGUGGACAUAGCUGCUGGGUGGAUUGGAUUGUGGGCUAGAAUAGUCGAGGAGAUUGCAGAGGUAAACCUGAUUGAUACCGAGACCAUGCCACUGCUCAACGCUUGGUUUGGAAGAGUUCUUGAGUUUCCCAUUCUUAAAGAAUGCCUGCCACCUCAAGAUAUAUUGCUGGAGCACAGCCGAGGCUUUCACAAGAUUUUGACUGCAGCAUCGAGUUGAAGUCUUUGCCACCAUCUCUGACUGGUUCCUGCAUAUUUUAUCAUCCUUUCAUUCACAAAAAUGGUUAAUAUACGAACCAUUUAUGUACGAGGAAUAAAAUGGGCUUCAGCUCAAUUCAUGAUAUCAUAUAUAAAAAACUUGGUAAAACACAUGUGAAAA